UUUUCUUAGCGUGUUUGGCUUAGGUACAAAGAGUUUGGCAUACAAACAGAUCCUCAUUAAAUAGGGCAUUUGGGAAGUCUAGGAGUGUCGGUUUGUAGUAUGUAAGGAUGGCCGGUUGUUACUGUGGGUUUGUCACCUUUGCAGCAGUGGUUGUGGUUUUCAAUCUUACAGGUGGUUCAGAAGGCAUUGUUGUCUCCACCACCCAUGGUGAUGUUAGAGGGUCAGAGUUCGUGCCCUCUUCCGUCCUCGGAAAUGCUGUCCACGAUCGCGUCUUCACCUUCAAGGGCAUUCCUUAUGCCGCCCCACCUGUGGGAAACCUCAGGUGGCGCCCUCCACAAGCCCCCAGCAGCUGGACAGGCGUGCGAGAUGCGAGGGAGUUCGGGAACAGGUGCCCCCAGAUCUUCGGUCCAGGAGAUCCCAUGGAUACUUCCAUGGAUCCGAUUUUUAGCGAAAUUCUGUUCGCCAAGGGCAAGACAGAGGGAGAGGACUGCCUGUUUCUGAACGUGUACACACCGGAGGUUUCAGCCACCGCAAACCGACCUGUGAUGGUGUGGAUCCACGGCGGCGGUCUGUUCACUGGAACCGCCGACUCCUACCCGGCCGAGUUCCCCACGGCCUUCCAGAACAUCGUCAUGGUAACCAUCAACUACCGAACGUUCCACCUCGGCUUCCUCCCCACGCUGGAGGAGGACGCACCCGGAAACUUCGGGCUCCUGGACGGGAUGAAAGCCCUUGAGUGGGUGCAGGCGAACGUGCGGAACUUCGGGGGCGAUCCCGACCGCGUGACGAUCUUCGGCGAGUCCGGCGGGGGCUGGGCCGUGUCGCUGCUGGUUCUGUCGCCCAUGUCAACGGGCCUGUUCCACCGGGCUGUGUCUCAGAGUGGCGUGGCCGGAGUGCAGGUCAGUCAGAAGGGGGACAUCACACGGACGCAGAUUCUCGCUCGCCAGUUGAACUGCAGCACGGAGGUCUAUGAAGACAUGAUGAGCUGUCUGAGAGGAAAGUCAAGCCAAGAGAUCACGAUGGCGCUGGACCCAGAGAUCGCGUACAUGGUGAACGUGUCGGUUGUCAUAGGAGGCGACUUUCUCCCAGAGAGCCCUUGGGACCUGAUGCAGCAGAGGCAGGUGAACCAGGUGGACUACCUGCUGGGCUCCAACAUAGAUGAGUUCAGCAUCUCUUCAGCAGACAUCCUGGGGAAGGACUUCAUGGAGAAACUUGAAGUCGGGAUGACCAGGACCGAAUACGAGGAGGAUCUGCCCAAUCACUUGAAAUGGGCUGCCGGCCAAUAUUUGGGCGGGAUUCCCAGUGUGCUUGUACAGCCUGUUAUAGACCAGUACCUGGACCCAGCCGACAGUCAGGAGGACCCGGUGGUCUUACGCCGACAGUUCCUCCUGUACCUGCAACACUUCACAGACUCGUGGUUCACUGCACCAACUGUCAUGAUGGCACAGGCCAUGGCAGCCCACCCUGUCCGAGUGUACCAUUACGAGUUCCAGACGCGCACGUCGUACUUCGCCAGCCGACCGGCCUACGCUAAGGCCGACCACGGGGACGACGUUUUUUAUCUGUUCGGAAUUCCGCUCCUCCGCAAUGUCACUGGCGGCGCCUGGAAGUACAACUUCACCCAGGAGGAGCGGGAACUCAGUCUGGACAUGAUGGCCUACUGGACAAACUUCGCUGCUAACAGUGACCCGAGCGACUCGACAGGGUCUGCGUCCCCGCGUGACCUCGUGACCUGGCCGCGUUACACGGCGCCGGGCCAACACUACCUACAGCUGGACGUGACGCCGUCAGCCAGCACCCGGCUGCGCCAGGACCGGAUGGCGUUCUGGAACCGCGACGUGCCGAGGCUCAUGGGUAAGAAAGUUCCGCCGACCGGCGGCACGGGGAGGUCCACCUGGAGUGUUCUGCUUGUAGCGUUUUCCGCUGCUGUGUGUUUGCUACAUCAGGGGUGACCCCGACAGUGAUUGGCUGAAAAUAUGAGAUGUAGCGAAGCCGCGCUGCACAUGUUGCCUUGUUAGCUUUAGUCCGCUACGGCCAAGGUCCACUACUGUAGCUUACACUGCCCUACUACUACUUCUAGCUACAUCAGUUGAGAAUGGUCGCUUAAGCUCUUUUUUACAUUUGCAGAAGAAUAAGAGACAAUUACGGUAUCAAUUAAUGUAUAACAUGUCAAAAAUACCUCAACCUUUUAUACUUUUAAUACCUGUAAUUAUUAUGAUAAUAACUGGUCUUGGAUGUAAGAUGCCAGGUGCAUAUUUUGUAGACUUGGAAAUGCACACUUACAAAAUGUAUAAGACUUAAAGCAUAUCUGUUUUUCUUUUCUUUCAAAUCC